GUUAAUUAAAGAUGUAGUAUUUCAUUUAAUCAGAUUUCAAUAGGUCCAUAAUUGAAUAUUACAAUAAUGGUUGGCAAUAUUGUUUAUAUUUUAUUAUCAGUAGCAUUCUCAAUUGUAAAUGCUCAAAUAGGUUCUCGUAUUGUUGGAGGAGAAUUUGCUAAAGAUGGACAAUUUCCAUAUCAAAUUUCCUUACAAUUAAGGAAAAAUCACAUUUGUGGUGGUUCAAUUAUUGGGCCAAGACAUAUUUUAACAGCAGCUCAUUGUGUAACUUGGUCGGAUGGAAGCUUAAUUUCAGCUGAUUCAUUUUUUAUUCGAGCUGGCACAAAUAUUUUAGGUAUUGAUGGUCAAGUAAAACAGGCCCAAGAAGUUUAUGUGCAUGAAAAAUAUAGAAUGAAUUUAAAUGAUGUCGCAGUUAUUAAACUUGCAGAACCAUUAGAAUAUAAUUCAAAAAUUCAAGAAAUUGAAAUGGAUAAAGAAGAUGUUCCAGUUGGUGCAGUUGUAACAAUUUCAGGGUGGGGUAAAACAGCACACGGUGGUAAAAGAUCUGAAGUUUUAAAAACUGCAACUUUGAAAGUCUUAUCAAUUGAGCAAUGUGAUAAAAAGAGUGGAUUAGGUUUUAAACAAACUAUAUGUUUAGAUCAUCCAGUUGGUACUGGUGCUUGUCAAGGUGAUUCAGGUGGUCCAGCUACAUAUAAUGGAAAAUUGAUAGGUGUUGCAAGUUUUGUAGCAAAAACAUGUGCUUCUAACAAACCUGAUUCAUAUGCUAGAGUGUCUUUGUAUUAUGAUUGGAUUAAAGAAAAAAUGUCUUUAUCUGACCUCCAAAACUUAAUAAUUGAAUACUUAACAAUUGAUUCCUGCAAAAUGUGUAGCAAAAUUAUUUAUCUUGUCUUAUUAGGAAUAGUAGCGGUUACAAAUGCUAGAAUAAAUCCACGAAUUGUUGGUGGUGAUAUUGCGUUGGAAGGACAGUUUCCGUAUCAAAUAUCCUUACAAUUGAAUACAAAUCAUAUUUGUGGCGGUUCAAUUAUUAGCCCAAGACAUAUUUUAACAGCCGGUCAUUGUGUUACUUGGUCGGAUGGAAGUUUAAUUUCUGCUGAUUCAAUUUCUGUUCGAGCCGGUUCAAAUAUUAUAGGAGUUGAUGGUCAAGUACGACAAGCUCAGGAGAUUUACCUUCAUGAAAAAUAUUCUCGUUCAUUAAAUUUAAAUGACGUUGCAGUUAUUAAACUUUCUGAACCAUUACAAUAUAAUCCAAAAAUUCAAGAAAUUGAAAUGGAUAAGGAAGAUGCUCCAAUUGGUUCAACUGCAACUAUUUCUGGAUGGGGUAAAACCGCAAAUGAUGGUAAAAGAUCAGAAGUGUUGAAAUUUACAACUCUUGUUGUUUUAUCAAUGGAACAAUGUGAUAAAAAGAGUGGAUUAGGUUUUAAACAAAUUGUAUGCUUGGAUCAUCCAGCUGGUACUGGUGCUUGUCAAGGUGAUUCAGGUGGUCCAGCCACUUAUAAUGGAAAAUUGAUAGGUGUUGCAAGUCUAGUAGCAAAAACUUGUGGAUCUAAUAAACCUGAUUCAUAUGCUAGAGUUUCUUUGUACUACGAUUGGAUUUUAGAAAAAAUGACAUUAUAAAAAUGAAAAUAUAAGCGUGAAAAUUGAAGUUGAAAAAAUAAAGAAUUUUCGGAUU